GAAACACAGGUCAACGGCCAACCCGUAUACGGUGGAGCCAACGACCCGCGUUUGGGCAAUCUACACGACAAGUCCGAUCCGGGAUACUUUGGACACUUGGAUUUGGCCAAACCAGUGUAUCACCAGGGAUUUUUCAACACCACGUUGCGGGCACUCCGGUGCGUCUGUUUUCACUGUUCCCGACUCCGCAUGCUCCCGGACGAAUUCAAGUUCCAAAAGGCCAUACAGAUCAAAUCGCGCAAACGCCGACUCGAAGCUCUGCACGAAUCACUCCGCGGGAAGAAAAAAUGCGAUCACUGUCAAGGUGUACAACCCAAAUACACCAAGGUGGAUCUGCACGUCGAAGCGGACUUUCCCGAAGACGGAAUGCACGGAAGUACCGGGGGCGGAGGGGAUUCCAAACAAUUCUUGUCCGGGGACACCGUGGUCAAGAUAUUCAAGCAAAUUCGGGAAGAAGAUAUUGUGUUGUUGGGUUUGGAUGUCCAGCACGCGCGACCGGAUUGGUUGCUGGUGCAGGUAUUGCCCGUCCCGCCCCUACACGUUCGACCCAGCGUUACUGUCGGGGGUGGUACGCAAUCGUCCGAAGACGAUUUGACGCAUCAACUCGUCAACGUUAUUAAAUCGAAUCUCUCGUUGCAGCAGGCCGUCUCCAACGGUGAACCCCAAAUUGUGGUGGAACAGUUCGAACUGGCCCUGCAACACAACGUCGCCGCCUUUAUGGACAAUGAACUACGAGGCAUGCCGCAAGUCACUCAACGCAGUGGACGACCCCUUAAAACCAUUACGCAACGUCUCAAAGGCAAGGAAGGGCGAAUUCGGGGAAAUCUCAUGGGAAAGCGGGUCGACUUUUCCGCGCGUACCGUGAUUACGGCCGAUCCCAAUCUCGGUAUUCAUCAAGUCGGUGUGCCCCGGAGUGUCGCCAUGAACUUGACUGUCCCGAUUCGCGUGACGGCCUUCAAUCAAGCCGAACUUAGCGCCCUCGUGGCCAACGGCCCCACCAUGCAUCCCGGGGCCAAGCACAUUAUCCGAUCGGACGGAACGCGGAUCGAUCUGCGUUACGUCAAAAACAAAUCGGAACUUCUCCUGGCCCACGGCUGGAUUGUGGAACGGCAUUUGCGUGACGACGAUAUCGUGUUGUUCAAUCGGCAGCCCAGUCUACACAAGAUGAGUAUCAUGGGACACAAGGCCAAGGUACUGGAUUGGAGUACUUUUCGAUUGAAUUUGUCGUGUACGAGUCCGUACAAUGCCGAUUUCGACGGCGACGAAAUGAACCUUCACGUGCCUCAGGGAUUGGCGGCUCGUGCUGAAGCGGAACUCAUGAUGUUGAGCUCCCGGGUUAUUGUCUCGGGUCAAUCGAAUCGACCAGUCAUGAGUAUUGUUCAGGACAGUUUGUUGGCGACUCAAAAAAUGACGAAACGGUCGGUUUUCAUCGAAAAGGAUUUAUGCUACAAUAUGCUCAUGUGGGUGCCGCAGUGGAACGGGCAGAUUCCCAUUCCUGCCGUGAUCAAACCAAAGGAAUUGUGGACCGGUAAGCAAUUGCUCAGUACAAUCCUGCCCAAGGUGAAUCUCAAGUCCAAGGCAAACAAUGGCCCCGGAAAAGAUGCUCGUGGCAAGAACAUGCCGAAUACGUUCAACAUGUACGAUCAUUUGGUGACGAUUCAGGAUGGUGAACUGUUGGAGGGUACAGUUGAUAAGAAGACAAUCGGCAGCUCCAUGGGUGGCUUGAUCCACACGGCUUGGUUAGACGUUGGGUUUGAAGAAACGGCUCGUUUUAUGAAUCAAAUUCAGCAGCUAGUCAAUCAUUGGAUUUUGCAGUACUCGUUUUCCAUUGGAGCGAUCGAUGCCGUCGCCGAUGCAGAUACUAUGCGACAGAUUGAGUCGACCAUUGACAAGGCAAAGCGGCAGGUGCAAGAUUUGGUUCGCCAAGGGCAAUUGGGAGAACUUGAGAUUCAACCCGGUCGUACCAUGAUCGAGUCGUUUGAACAGCUCGUCAACAAGGUGCUGAACACGGCUCGUGAUCACGCCGGAAAAUCUGCACAAUCUUCUUUGGACGAAACAAACUCGGUCAAGGCCAUGGUGACGGCUGGUUCCAAAGGUUCAUUUAUUAAUAUUUCGCAAAUUAUUGCCUGCGUGGGGCAGCAGAACGUGGAAGGCAAACGCAUACCGUACGGUUUCAAGAAACGAACCCUACCGCACUUCUCCAAGGAUGAUAUCGGCUCCGAGUCCCGAGGCUUUGUCGAGAAUUCGUAUUUGCGUGGUCUGUCUCCUCAGGAAUUUUUCUUCCACGCGAUGGGUGGACGGGAAGGUUUGAUCGAUACGGCUUGCAAGACCGCCGAAACCGGAUACAUUCAACGUCGCCUGGUCAAGGCAAUGGAAACCGUCAUGGCGCGUUAUGAUGGAACUUUGCGAACGAGCAGUGGACAGAUUGUUCAAUUUUUGUACGGAGAGGAUGGCAUGGACGCGGUCUGGAUUGAAAAGCAAAAUUUUGACUCUUUGACGCUGGCAAAGCCAGAGUUCAACAAGCGUUUCUUAUUCGACACAUCCAGCCCAGAGUUCGGACACGAUGAGCAAGGUAUUCCGUUUCUGGAACCAGACGUAAUUGAGGAGUGUCGUCGCGACCCUGAUAUCCAGGCUACUUUGGAUCAAGAAAUUGAGAUUCUUCGGGAAGAUCAAGCAAUUCUCCGAAUUGUCAUGCGCAGCCGAGAAGCUGGGAGAGAGAGCGACGACAGCUCAUACGCACCAGGCAAUGUGCGUCGUGUGAUUCACAACGCAAUGCGUCAAUUUCGUAUCGACAAGAGCAAGCCAACGGACCUGCAUCCCACAGAAGUGAUACAGAUUGUUAACAACCUGUUGGAGCGUCUGAUUGUAGUGGUUGGGAACGACCCGCUAAGUGUUGAAGCGCAGUCAAACGCAACCACUCUUUACCGCAUUCUGAUUCGAACCAUGCUUUCGAGCAAGCGUGUCUUAAAGGACUGGCGUUUGAGCAAGGCUGCUUUGAACUGGGUGGUAGGCGAAAUUGAAACUAGAUUCAAUAUUGCUAUGGUUAAUCCUGGUGAAAUGGCUGGAGUAUUGGCCGCUCAGAGUAUUGGUGAGCCUGCAACCCAGAUGACGCUCAACACCUUCCAUUAUGCUGGUGUUUCCGCCAAGAACGUGACGCUGGGUGUCCCUCGACUGAAAGAAAUCAUCAAUGUUGCUAAAACUCCAAAGACUCCUGGCCUAACUAUUUAUCUUCAGGAAGAGGUCAGUGGUGACGAAAAAGUUGCCGAGCAGGUCGUUGCUAUGCUGGAAUUUACUGUUUUGGGCGACGUUGUAAAGAAGACAGAAAUUUAUUACGAUCCUGACGUGAAAAAUACGGUUGUCACUAAGGAUCGGGAGUUCGUCAAGGAAUUCUAUGACUUUACGGAUAAGACAGACGAUGAUUUGCGUCGCAUGAGUCCUUGGGUUCUUCGUGUUGAGCUUGACAAACCGCUACUUUAUGUCAAGAAAAUUAAGAUGGAGGAAAUCGCUAAAGAGAUUGGGGAAGAAUACGGUGCGGAUCUGAACGUAGAAGUGACAGACGACAACGCCGACGAAAUGGUCGUCCGGAUUCGAAUCGUGAACGAUACGCCGUUCAACUCAGGCCAAACAGAUGAAGGCGGAAAUUUGAUGGACGAUCAACCGGAAGUUGGCCAAGAAGACGAUAUUUUCUUGAAACGUCUAGAAAAAAGCAUGCUUUCGAGUCUGAAGCUUCGCGGGGUAGACCAUGUGAAGAAAGUGUUUAUGCGCGGUGGUGCGAAACGUACAGUUUGGGACGAUGUAAAAGGUUUCGGCGUUAGAGAUGAGUGGGUACUAGAAACGGAUGGGACAAACUUGAUGGCAGUUCUUGGCGUGGACUACGUGGAUGGUACGAGAUCUGUCAGUAAUGACAUCGUCGAGGUGUUCGUAGCGCUUGGCAUUGAAGGAGUCCGCGGAGCGUUGUUAAGUGAGCUUCGCAACGUCAUUAGUUUCGACGGUUCUUACGUAAACUAUCGCCAUUUGGCUUGUCUGGUGGAUGUCAUGACAAUGCAGGGGCACUUAAUGGCUAUUGAUCGCCACGGCAUCAAUCGAGUCGACACUGGUCCAUUGCUCCGAGCUUCAUUCGAGGAAACGGUUGAUAUGCUCAUGGAUGCAGCUGUGUACGCUGAGGAGGAGAUUCUUAAGGGCGUGACCGAAAACAUCAUGAUGGGUCAGCUUGCUCGAGUUGGCACCGGUGAUGUAGACUUACUACUGGAUGAAGACAAAGUUGUUCGAGAAGCAGUUGAAGUUGUUGUGGACGAGUUUGCUGUCGACAAAGAUCUCGGUAUGGCCGGAGUGGGGGGUGUAGGAGGAGCGACCCCUUAUGCCACCACUCCAUUUGCCGCUAGCCCAAUGGUGGGGGAUGGCGCAGCAGCGUCUCCUUUUGUGGAUGGCGGAGCCGCUUUUUCUCCAGCAGUUGGUGCGGCAAGUUUCUCACCGGCUUAUUCUCCAGACAGCGGUAGUUAUGGUUCUGGAUUUGCGAGUGGAAGUUACGGAGCUGGCGACAGCCCAGCGUACAGUCCGACGUCUCCGCAGUAUUCGCCGACUUCUCCGGCGUACAGCCCCACGUCUCCAGCAUAUUCGCCCACAAGCCCAGCAUACAGCCCUACCAGUCCAGCGUACAGUCCAACGUCACCUGCAUAUUCGCCAACAAGUCCGGCCUACAGCCCAACUUCGCCUGCGUAUUCACCAACGAGCCCCGCAUAUUCGCCAACGUCCCCGGCUUACAGCCCGACGUCGCCGGCAUAUAGUCCGACGAGUCCCGCAUAUUCGCCAACGUCGCCUGCGUAUUCUCCAACGAGCCCAGCUUACAGCCCAACUUCACCGGCCUACAGCCCUACAUCUCCAGCAUACAGUCCGACUUCACCGGCUUACUCACCCACCUCGCCAGCUUACAGUCCUACGUCUCCGGCUUAUUCUCCGACGUCUCCCGCGUACAGUCCUACAUCCCCCGCGUACUCGCCGACAUCUCCGGCCUAUUCGCCAACAUCCCCCGCAUAUUCGCCGACCUCGCCAGCCUAUUCACCGACCUCGCCGGCCUACUCACCGUCGGGUGGCGAUGAUAAGAAAGACGAAAUGGAAGACUAA